UCGAUUGAAGGCUCGUCUGGAAAAGGAGAUAUAGUGGAAAAGGUAAGUCCGAUAAUGCGUGGAUGGCUUCCAUUUGAACUGAGGAGACAGACAUGUAUCCAUGAGGUGGUAAGAUCUGAAAGUCUCUGUGUUGUUUUUGGCAGCGUAACUUGUGGCUACUUGAACUGUCAUAUGUGCGUAAUUUGGCUGUGAGGGGAACAUCUGAAAAGCAGGAUGAACAAGUGUCCAAAUUACGCAUAACUGAGGAUGAUUUAUGUUGGAGCAGAGCCCUUUGCACCUGCAAAGCUUAGAGCUGGGACAGCUUCUUUGGUGAUGAUUGAAUGCGUAAUAUUCGGUGUCAGCUCAGCCUAGAUCUGGCAUCUUCUGCUAAAAUGAGCCCACCAGACACAUCCAACAGCACAGGCGAAGGGGAGGAAGGGGAAACUGAUCCCUUGAUUCCCCUCAACGACAGCAUGGAUUUCCACACACCUGGUUUCCACACUGACAUCACCAAACUCCUCGGGGUCCAGAUCACAUUAAUCACGGCAUACUCGCUCAUUAUUCUGCUCGGGCUGCUGGGGAACUCUCUUGUCAUCUACAUGAUUAUUCGUUACAGAAACAUGCGAACUGUGACCAACUUCUUCAUAGCCAACCUGGCCUUGGCAGACUUGUUGGUGAACACCCUCUGUUUGCCCUUCACUCUGGUUUACACCCUGCUGGAUGAGUGGAAGUUUGGGGCCAUGCUGUGCCACAUGGUUCCCUUUGCCCAGGCUUUGAGCGUGCACGUAUCCAUCCUGACUCUAACGGUCAUUGCUCUGGAGCGUUACCGCUGCAUUGUCUUCCACCUUGGUCGACGAUUGACUUGGCACUCCAGCUUCCUCAUCAUGGCCUUCACCUGGACUAUAUCUGCUGUUCUGGCAGCACCUUUGGCAAUCUUUAGAGAGUACCGCCAUGAACAGAUACCGUCUAUAAACAUGGAUUUUGCAGUUUGUUCUGAAAAGUGGCCUCACGGGACGAACAGAGACGGGGUCAUCUAUAGCCUCUCCAUGCUGCUCCUACAGUACAUUGUCCCUUUAGCCAUCAUCAGCUAUGCUUACAUCUGCAUCUGGGUGAAACUGAAGAACCACGUCAGCCCGUCUAGCCGCAACGACAGCAUCAACCGCCGCAAAAAAACCACCAAGAUGUUGGCGCUGGUGGUGGUGGUGUUUGCUAUCUGCUGGCUGCCAUUCCACAUGUUUCAGCUAGCCAGUGAUCUGGACCUGGUGCUCAGGCUGAAGGAGUACAAACUGAUAUAUACAGUGUUUCACAUCAUUGCCAUGUGUUCAACUUUUGCCAACCCUCUCCUGUACGGGUGGAUGAAUAAAAACUACAGGACUGGCUUCCUCAUGGUAUUCCGUUGCGAGGAUAAGCCGGAUUCUUUCCACCCUGACGGCUCCUUCAGGACUCGCUCAAUAAGACGGCUGACUCUGAAUGGCCGCAAUGGCGGACAUCCACCCACUGCUGUGUGAGAUUAACACGUCUGAAAAAGCCUAUUUAUGACCGGACACAUUGAAAGCACCUUCAGUUUGUGUGGUGCCUGUGCUUUAAAAGUAGCCUUUUGACUUGAACGGUUCAAGCCUGAGUAUCUUUGUCACUGAAGAGGGCUCUGAGGUUUGCAUGCAAAUCGCUUUAUGUAAGACCUGUCUUUCCUUUGUGAAUAGCUUUUGUGAAAAGCAUUGGUCCUGCUCAAAUAAGUGUUUGUAAUGCUUUCUAUGGUGUUAUUGAACUUUUAAAAUUGUGUAAUGUGUUUCUUGUUAAUGCAAAAUUCUUGAUGUAAUGUCCAAGUAAUUAUGCACUUCAUUGCAUAAGUCACCAAUCGAUGACCAUUGAUGUGUUCAUAUUUAAUGAAGGGAAAAAAUAUGACUGUGGUUAUGGGAAAAUUAUUUUCCCACACUUGUUUUUCUAUUUAUCAGCUGUCCAGAACAUUUGGGUGGUUUUUAUUUAAUUAAUCCAGUUACUGCCUUUUGGAUUCAUUCAUUCACUCCUCAUCCAAAAAGGCUUUUCAUGGUUAUUUUUCCAUCCAGGAAAUAAAUGACUUAUACCUGGCA